CUGACAUCACAAAAAUUGUGUAUCACUAGCCGGAUUCUUCCAACACAGCGUUUGUUUCGUUACCUUGGGGGUGGACCCACUGUAUAGCACAUUUGGACUUAUCUUCUGCAAGAAAACAAAACAGACACUCGAAGAGGAUUAAGUGUAACGAAUCGAAUUAGUAUUUAGACUAGUGUUUUUCUGGAAUAAAACACUGCUCAUCGCCACCUGCAAGCCCACCUGGCAAGAUCAAGUAGCAAACUAGGCAGUUAGAAAGUGGGGCCUGCGUCGCAAAGUAGCGAACGUGUUUAAGCCUUGGACUCAAGUGGAAGUUCCAAGCGGACUUCUGAACUCUGUCCGCCUGCGAAGUCGCCCGUCAGCGGGGCCGAGGCUCUUGUAGCCGGCCCUGUGGAUGAGGAAGUGAAAAGAAAGAACCCACCCAGGAGCCUGGAUCCUCGCUGAUGGGAGAGUCCUCUCUCCUGGACUCCUGGGUGAAUCAGCGCUCUGUGAUGAUGGAUGAGCAGGAGGCUCUGAACUCGAUCAUGCAGGACCUGGCCGAGCUGCACCGCUCCAGCCGCCCCACCAUGUCCCUGGCUGACCUGGCCAAGCCCAAGGCCUCCUCGCCCAAAAACCAGAAUGAUGUUCGAGUGAAGUUUGAGUACAGAGGUGAAAGGAGAAUCCUGCAGUUCCCUCGUCCCGUCAAGCUGGAUGACCUGGGGAACAAGGCUAAGGUGGCCUUUGGGCAAGCCAUGGACCUGCACUACACCAACAACGAGCUGGUUAUCCCGCUCACUACGCAGGAGGACCUGGACAAGGCGGUCGAGCUGCUGGACCGCAGCGUCCACAUGAAGAGCCUGAAGAUCCUGUUGGUGCUGCAGGGCUCCACCCAGAGCUCGACAGCUCAUAUGGAACUCUUGCCGUCUCUGGAGGACCUGGACAACACAGCCUUCAGAGGGACUGACAAGAAGACCAUGCUAGAUCUGAUUGGCUCCCACUCCACCGACCGCAGCUCGCCCCCACCUGGGUACAUCCCAGACGCCCUGCAGCAGGUCGCCCGAAACGGCUCAUUCACCAGCAUCAACAGCGAGGGAGAAUUCAUCCCAGAGAGCAUGGACCAGAUGCUGGACCCCUUGUCUAUGAGCAGCCCAGAGAACUCUGCGUCCGGCAGCUGUCCCUCCCUGGACAGCCCACUGGACAGCGACAACUACCCCAAAUGCCGCAUGCCUCGAGCUCAGAGCUACCCUGACAAUCACCAGGAGUUCUCAGAGUACGAUAUCCCAGUGUUUGAGAAAAUUGCCAAAGGAGGGACGUACCCCCGACGAUACCACAUUUCCUUCGGUCACCAGGACUACAGCGACGGGCGGAAGACGUUCCCUCGGGCGCGGCGCACGCAGGGCCACAGCCUGCGCUCCCCGGUCAGCUUCAGCCCCACUGAGCAGCAGAGCCUGAGCACCAGCAGCGGGAGCAGCGUCUUCACCCCCGACCUGGAGGAGGCGGGGCGCCGUCGCCGCGGCAGCGACAUCGACACAAACCCCACCCUCUCGGUCAUGGACAUCAGCCCGCCCAGCCGCUCUCCGCGCGCUCCCACUAACUGGCGCCUGGGCAAGCUGCUGGGCCAGGGCGCGUUCGGCCGCGUCUACCUGUGCUACGACGCCGACACGGGCCGCGAGCUGGCCGUCAAGCAGGUGCAGUUCGACCCGGAGAGCCCCGAGACCAGCAAGGAGGUGAGCGCUCUGGAGUGCGAGAUCCAGCUGCUGAAGAACCUGUUCCACGAGCGCAUCGUCCAGUACUACGGCUGCCUGCGCGACACGCAGGAGAGGACCCUCUCCAUCUUCAUGGAGUACAUGCCUGGGGGCUCCAUUAAGGACCAGCUGAAGUCGUACGGCGCCCUGACGGAAAACGUCACGCGCAAGUACACCCGGCAGAUCCUGGAGGGCGUGUCCUACCUGCACAGCAACAUGAUCGUGCACCGAGACAUCAAGGGGGCCAAUAUUCUGCGAGACUCGGCGGGGAACGUGAAGCUGGGCGACUUCGGGGCCAGCCGGCGCCUGCAGACCAUCUGUCUCUCCGGGACGGGGAUCAAGUCUGUGACCGGCACCCCCUACUGGAUGAGUCCGGAAGUGAUCAGCGGGGAGGGCUACGGCAGGAAGGCGGACAUCUGGAGCGUGGGCUGCACGGUGGUGGAGAUGCUGACGCAGCGCCCCCCCUGGGCCGAGUUCGAGGCGAUGGCGGCCAUCUUUAAGAUCGCCACGCAGCCCACGAACCCUGUGCUGCCGGCGCACGUGUCGGAGCACUGCCGGGACUUCCUGCGCCGCAUCUUCGUGGAGACCAAGCAGCGCCCGGCCGCCGAGGACCUCCUCCGACACAUCUUCGUGCACUAGCCCCUCCCCCUCGCCGGGAGGCCCCGCCCCCCCCCCCCUUUACCCCACCCCCCCACUGAGGAGAUACCUGUCCCCUGGAGAGGAGGAAGAAAAAGGAAAGAAAGAAAAAAAAAAACUUUAAAUGACCCAGAAAUAAUAUAGUGGACAUUGAGGGCUUCUCCUGUGACUGUAGUCCAAACAGCUAUGGGGGGGAGAUCUCUAUGGUAAAACGUUUGCACCUUAAUUUCACACUUGGGGUAGGUUCCCACAAAGACCAAAACACACAACUCUCAGCAGUUAUCCCCCCGCCCCCCCUUGUGUUUUUUUACAAUUGUGUGCGCCACGGUUGGUGGAGCAGAUUAUCAGUACUUACCGAGUCCAGCCGUGUUCUGGAUUUGUGGGAGGUGAGAGAGGCGGGCCGGUGUAGUCCUGACCCGAAAACCAGAAUGUAUCCGUGAACCCAGUGGUCUGGGUUCCGAGCAAGCUGCUAAAAAAAAAAACAGGGUUGAGGUGAGUGCUUCAUCUGUCACAUAAUGGCCUGAGGUACUACCAUAGAAUUAAGCUUUCGCAUAUUAGCUUAAGGUACUACCAUAGAAUUAAGUUUUCACGUACCGGCGUAAGGUAUUACCAUAGCAUUAUGCUUUCACAUACUAGCUUAAGGUACUUCCCUAAAGUUAAGCUUUCACAUACCGGCUUAAGGUACUACUUAUAAUUCUGCUUUCACAUACUGGCCUAAGGCACUACCAUAGAAUUAAGCUUUGGCCUUCUGACCUAGGGUACUACCAUAGAAUUCAGUUUCAAAUUCUGACCUAGGGUACUACCAUAGAGCUCAACUCUCACAUUCUGGCUUAAGGUAGUACCAUAGAAUUCAGCUUUCAAACACAGCCCUGAGGUACUGCCAUAGAAUGUCACUGGGUGAAAGGUAGAGCAGCUGGCCCAGUGAAGGCCAGUGCACCUCCAUACAGUGAUGCUUGCCUGUGCACUGUUUCUCCCUGCUGGUCUUUGCCUGGUACUGGCAGUGCUGUGUGCGGUUCUGCAGCUUUCGUUUGGGACCGAGAAGGAGCGUUUCGUUCGGCACGUUAGCCGCAGCGUGGGUGCGGAGGCCAGCGGAAGCUGGGCGUCUGUGGGCUGCCUGUAGGGGGGCGGGGGUGUGGGGGCGGGGGUGUGGGGGCGUUUCCUUCGCGUGCGUGCCUGCGUGUGACAGCAGGGGCCUUCACCUUUCCCCCAGAAAGCACAGAUCAAAUUUCAGACCAGCCGACUUACCGUAUUCACCGGGUGGUACUGGGUCAGUACCCCCAGGCUGUACUGGGUGGUAUGGGGCCCGCACUGGGUCCAGACUGUCUCAUGGGUCCUAUUAGCUCUGUUUCUCCUGUGUCAGUACUUGAUCACUGCUGGGUCAGUACUUGAUCAAUGCCUGGUCAGUACAUGAUCACUGCUGGGUCAGUGUUGGGUCAGUACUUGGUCACUGCUAGGUCAAUGCUGGGUCAGUACUUGAUCACUGCAGGGUCAGUGCUGGGUCAGUACUUGAUCACUGCAGGGUCAGUGCUGGGUCAGUACUUGAUCACUGCUGGGUCAGUACUUGAUCAAUGCCUGGUCAGUACGUGAUCACUGCUGGGUCAGUGUUGGGUCAGUACUUGAUCACUGCUGGGUCAGUACUUGAUCACUGCUAGGUCAGUACUUGAUCACUGCUGGGUCAGUGCUGGGUCAGUACGUGAUCACUGCUGGGUCAGUGUUGGGUCAGUACUUGAUCACUGCAGGGUCAGUGCUGGAUCAGUACUUGAUCACUGCAGGGUCAGUGCUGGGUCAGUACUUGAUCACUGCUGGGUCAGUGCUGGGUCAGUACUUGGUCAAUGUGAGGUUUAGAUUUAGUGGCUCUGGCCUCCUGCAGAUAGGGUGUUGCUUGAGAAGUGUUUUCAUGGGCUGACGUGUGAAGUGCAGGUACGAUGGCGUACUGAUUCUGCAGUACGUAUAAUGCAGGCAGGUUCUUUAAGGGUCUCAGUGCAGACACAGUGGCGUAUUGAUUCUGCACUACGCAUAAUGCAGGCAGGUUCUUUAAGGGUCUCAGUUUCUCCCAUAGGCCAAGUGCAGAGCAGAGAGAAACCCGUUUCCUGUGGUGUUUCUGUGCUCCUCUGUCUGCGCUUCUGCAGAAUGAAACACUAAACCCUCUCUGCGUGCACACGCGCGUCCUUAAAUACACACACAGACACCUCUUUAAGUGCACUCUCACACGCGUGCACUCACUUUCACACACGCAGUAUGUACAGGCGUAGGUACAGACAGAAGUAGCAAUGUGUAAUCACAUUUUGAUAGACGUCGAAAGUUUCACAGCGGACGAUUGCUCGCACAGCGGCCCUUACCGUAAACCCAGACCCAUGUCCCCCCCCUGCCCGAUUCCCCCAGCUCACAUACUGUAUGUGGUAUGAACACGGCUGCGAUACGGCGCCACGUGGACCAGGAAGUCGCCCAGCGUCUCUCCCCCUCUCACUCACUUCAGCAGUGCCAACGAUCGUACUGUCGCAGUUGUUAUCGCCGCCGCUAUCGUCAUUUGUCAUUUUUUUACGAUUGCGCAAAAAAUCAUAACGACGAACUCCGCGCCGCGUUUCCCGCGUGGAAGGCGGCGGAGAAACGAAAAAAGUGCUAACCGCACGCCCAUCCUUUCUCCCAUUGGAGAAGCCGCAGAUUACUGGCCGGUGUAAAUACUGCUCGGUGUGUGUGUGUGUGAGAGUGCGUGUGUGUGAGAGUGAGUGUGGAGGAGGGACGACGCUCAGCUCUGCCGAAUCCCUGCGCUUCUUCGCCCCCUGUUUUUGCGUUCGGUUUCGGCGGGACGCGCCCCGUCUCCGCACCCUGCCACCCCCGGGCGGCGCUACCCAGGUCCUGACCCCGCGCGCUCGAGGCACUCCUCCCGAAAACGCCGCCGGAAAGCCCUCAUUGGUGGGACCCGCCCCUCCCUCUCCUGCCGGACGCGGCGUCGGCGCCGCGUGCUUUCGGACCGGGACCCCGGCGUCACGCCGAACCAAAUCACACUUUUUUUUUUUUUUUUUGUAGCGCUGGCGCGCGGAGGACGCGCCGCCCCGGCUUCGUGUCCCCCCCCGUUCUCCUUCACAGGCGAAGCCCAAACUGAGCGCCCUGGUCUCUUAACGCUGUCCUUAACCGGCUCUGCGGGCUGGGAUUGGAAGGUUGAAAUCGUUCCGGUGACACGCCGCGGUCAGGCUUUGCCGGGAAGCCGACGGGCAAAAAUUUAAUUGUGUGUGUGUGUCGCCGCUGCCUUCGCAAGCCUCUUGGCGGACGCGGUGGGUCACGCUCACCUCUGAUUCGCUGGCUGUCGGGAAGCGGAUUACCUCUUAAAAGAUCGGUACGGAUUUGAGUACAACUUGGUGAGAAAGUUGCUAAGUGCCAAUUUUAAAUAAUCGAAGUGUAGUGAGAAAAAUGCAUGGACGGUUGCAUUUGUUGUUCAAAGUUGUAUUGCUUCCUGGAUAUAUUACGUGCUUUAUAUCCUAACGACAGCGUAACGGUUUAAGAAAUACAGUAAUAUGUGUGUCACUGGAGGCUAACUGAGGACAGUUUCCCUCAGAGGUGAUUUCUUCGCUGAGCCAGUUGGGUUUCCAUUAAGGAUCAAGGCGCUCAGCUCUGCCCUUCGUGCCUGUGGAGAUGCGAUGCCAAACCCUUUCCUUGCCCGUAACGCACACCACACCCCUUACACGCACAGAUCUUGACGCCGCGGUUCAGGAAGGCCUGCGAGCGGUCCGACGUGCGGUUCGACAGAGAGGGGGGGAGCCCCGCCUCCCCGUUUCCAGCGGAACGCACCCAAUGGCGGUUUUCCGGUGGGCCUCGAUGUUGAAUCCUGCUCGUGUAUUUCUUCGCAGUCGAGUGUAGUUGUGUGUACAGAUAUUUUUUUCUAUCGACGUUGACAUUUUUGCACAUUUUUUGAAGACUAUGAUUUGUACACUGAUUUAAUACUAUUUACUGAUGUAUGCUGGGCAUAUGGAAGUGCGUGUACAUGUGUGAGAUGUGUGUGUGUGUGUGUGCACUUUACUGUUUGUGUAAGAAAACGUUUGGCUGUGAUCCGCUUUGGUCAGGGUGCGCCGCGAGCUUGUUUUCCAUGGCUGAGAGCAGUGCACUCUGGGAGCUCCGCUGCCGGAACUCACAGGAACGUCGUGUCUCAUCUUGACCUCCGGGUGGCGCUGGCUGACUGUAGUUCUUGCUGGUGCCCAGCAGCCCUCUUGCCUUGUGUUUAACGGUAGGACUGGAGAGCGAGGAGAGGAUGGAGCCGGUGUGAGUGUAGAGCUGGACAGGACUGUGUCUCCCCACCUCUGGGCAGGGUCCUCCUCCCGCUGUCCCCCAGUCUUACAUCAGCAAAAUAGGCUGCAGUCACUCGACUUGUGUCGCUCACUCAAGUGGGUACCUUUGAAGCCCACAAUACCCUGUCUGCUUUCACUGUGGGGUCCUGAAUGCACUGUUGAAUGUCUCUGCUGUAACUGUGACUGUGCGUGUUCUACAUGCACAUGCGUGUGUGUGUGUUUUGUGUGUGUACAUGAGUGUGUGUAUUUGUGAGUGAGUUUGUGCAUGUUUGUGUGUGUGUAUACAUGAGUGUGUGUGUAUGUACGUACAUGAGUGUGUGUGUUUGUGUGGGUGUAUGUACGUGUGUGUGUGUGUGUGUGUGUGUAUACUUGAAUGUGUGUGCGUGUAUUUGUGUGCGUGUGCGUGUGUGUGUGGGGUGUCCACCAUACUGCCUGUUCCCUGGACACUGCGCCCUAACCCUAAUGCGCAUUCUGACUGUAUGACUUUUAUGUAAAAAAGAAAUUUGGGGGAAAAAAGAUGUACAAAUAUACAAAUUUAAGAUCUAAAUUUUUUUAAAGAAAACUAAACAACAAUUAACUGGUACAGAACAUAUCCCACACCGCUGUUCUGUUUAUCUAUUGUAAAAGAAGCCAUGUUUAUAUAUUUGGUUUGUGACCAAUAAGCCUGUUUAUAUCAAAUCUGUAUAUCGGUGGUACGCAUAUUUUUUUUAAUAUAUAUACUUUAUUUUUUGUUCUGUUUUUUAAGAUGUAAGAUUUUAUGCAUGAAGAGAGAGCGCUGUGAGGAAAAGACUGGACUCUUAUUGUCUGCAACUGGUUAGCCCCAGCAACUGUAGUGCCCCUAUCUCACUGUUUGGGUGAGGGGCUCCCCUAAAGUAGUGACAAUACCUUUGUGUUACCACUAGAUGGCAGAGAUUUUUUAAAAAAAGCACUAAUAAGGGGAUCCACCAAAGCAGUCACAGUCCCUGGGUAGUACCCGUUGUUGUUCAUUAAUACAGACUCCCGAUCCCUCUGUCGGUGAGCGGGUGGAGAUAGACAGUCAGCUUUAUUAUGGAGACUUGGAGAGUCCGAGACAGAUGGCACUUUGCAGAGUGUUAAUAAUAAUGAUAAUAAUGAUAAUAAAAGAUAUUUAUUUCAA